UGACGUACUGAGUAUGAUUUGUCAUUGCGUGUGGACGAAAAUCGCUGACGACGAGUGCCGGAAAGCCACAAUCGUUUGACAUGACGCUAGCUUUUCUGGCGUCGCCAUUCGAGUUCCGAGUUUUAGUGAGCUAGCUGUUUUGCGUCUUGUGGCAAACUUUGAAUGUCCAUCAGUGGACGAUUUGAAUCGUCCGCAGUCGAGAUUUGUGUCGUAUUAGGCUCGUCGAGGCCAAAGGUUCAGUCUGAGCAGCAGCUUGGCGUUGGUCAAUCAUCAAGACUACGCAAGUGAGUAAGCUUCGUGUUGGCAAGAUGGCUUGCUCGCUAUUCGACGGAGCUGCCUCCUCCCCGGGGUUAAGCUGUUCGUCGGGUGAGAGCCUCAGUUGUGCCAUGUGCUCCGUGAAGUGUGCCCGCGUCAGUUCUCUCAACGUUAUUCAAAGCCCCAGUGCAGUAACCAGGGCCCCGAGGCCGGCCGUAGGCGGCCCUCGACGUCGGCCCCCUCCGCCCUAAAUUGUCUCGCGCCUAGUGAAUCAGCCGCCGAAACAACAACACUCAACGACAGCAACGUUUGUGAUUGGUUUCUGUCCCGAAGAGUUUUUGUUGUUAUUCUUUGGCAAACGGACGACCGACUGAGUAGCAGUUUGCAGCCGUAGCUAUCGCAGUCUGCUAGCCCAGACCUGCUGCACCAGCAGCGGUCGGUUAGCUGCUGCCUAUUACGAGGCAACGUCGUUCGUUUGUACGCUUGCAAGUAAGUGGUGUUCUCCAGCCGUAAGUCUAUUCCCCCAUCACUAUCAUAUAUAGUGUUUUCCGCGCCUCUCCGACGACUUGCCGUCGUCGAGAGGGGUGAGCCGAGCCCAACGCACACGACUGGGUGCUGCUGCUGUUCGACAAACAACUCAGUCCUGACCGAGUCCCUGCGCGCUUCUUCGUUCGACUACGCUUGCUGCUGUGGUUGCUGCUGCGCUAGUGUCUGCGAUUUUUGUUUGUGUCAGAACGCGCGGCAGACAUGGAUCUGCUAUCGGCAGCACUCGACGAAUCGGGUAUUGGCGUCGAGGACUUGCAGGCUGCUGGACCCUCGCAAGUCCAACAGCAACAGCAAAUACAGCAUCACCAACCGAUUCCAACAGUAGCACAGCGUAUUCAGCAGCAGCACCAGCCAGUCUCGAUGACUACGGUUACACGGGUUGUUCGCGCUCCUGCCAAAGUGUUGACCGCCCCGGCUAGCGUUUCGCAUCUCAACAACAACGUUACAGUGGCCACAUAUCCUAGACCUCAACAGCAACAUCACCAACAGCCCGUCAAGAUUCUGUUGAACAGUCAGAGUGGUCGACAGCAAGUAGUACGUCAACUAGCUCCAGGUACACGGAUUGUUCGAAUCGCAGCGCCCAGCAGCUCGCUCACACCUGGGAGCACCCCUAGACCACCAACAAUUAUUAAGAUGGCCUCGUCGCCGACAGCGAUAUCCAGUACUGGUUCCACACCGAACACUCCACGGGGUGCUCUUAGGUUUGUUCGGGUACCCGCUAGUCAGCUGACCCAGGUCGCAGGUCCCGGAGGAUCACAGCAGAUCCGCCUUGUGCCUACAAGUUCAGGCGGUCAGCAGCGAGUUCUGAUCCGAAGUUCAACACCACCAGUGUCACUCACUCCGGUGUCGGCUUUGGCAACAAACUCUGAAGUUGUACGAGUUUCAAGUCCAAAGAUGGUUACCCGUGUUAUGACACCGAAGGGACCCGCCGUCGUUCAGACCGUUCGUUCUGUGCAGCAGCAGGCCGCUCAUUCUGCACGAGUGGUUCAAGCGACCCUUCCGCAACAAAUGACAUCAGUAGCAACUACGUCUUCUACAACACGUGUUAUUCACACACACAACCCAUCUGGUGGCACGAUCAUCCGACGCGUCGUCGCGGUUGGGGGUCAGCCAACGCCGGUUCGUACACAAGCGACGACAACUCCACUUGCAACGCGCACCGUCACGGCUCGGCCAAGCCCUAGCAUGUCUAUGGGUCAGGUGGUGCACAAAGUAGCAACAUCUUCAACAACUACCUCCCUCGGCCCGCUUGUGAGGAAAGUGAACGUGAAUGGCCAUACGAGCACCCCGGUGACGACGCCCCGUGCGACAUCGCUCGUGUCUCGAAGUGUUCCUCAUCCUCGAUCUCUGCUCGUGACGUCCCGAGGCCUGGCACCAGGAAGCGCGCCCCCACAGAUGCGACUUCAGGUGUCAGGAAGUGCCAUUGGAGCUCUCCGCAAUGGUGACAGCGGGAUCCCUGGACCUCCGAGACAAGGACCUCCGAAUCGACCACCCCACCAUAUGAUGGACGAAGGUCAGCUAGUGCCCGAUGAAGAAGAUGAGCUUGGAGUGGCAGAGACCUAUUCAGAUUAUGUGCCCGCAAAACUGCGCAUCGGCCUAAAGCAUCCAGACCCGGUAGUCGAAACGGCCUCACUGUCAUCAGUUCCUCCACCAGACGUACACUAUCGACUCAGUGUUGAUGAGGAAACCAUUGACACUGGCGCGUUAUCGGCUCUCCAACUCGAAUCGAUAACUUAUGCAUGUCAACAGCACGAAGUAAUUCUUCCGAAUGGACAGCGUGCCGGCUAUCUAAUUGGUGAUGGUCCUGGAAUUGGAAAGGGACGAACUGUAGCAGGUAUUAUUUUUGAAAAUUUUCUUCUCGGCCGAAGGAGGGCACUGUGGUUAUCGGUAUCGAAUGACCUUCGGUUCGAUGCCGAACGCGACCUUCGUGACAUUGGCGCAACGAAAAUUGACGUGCACCCAUUAAAUAAGUUCAAAUACCAUAAAAUCACGAGCAAACGAAACGGAUCGUGCAAGAAAGGAGUGAUCUUUGCAACGUACUCGUCGCUAAUUGGCGAGAGUUCAUCAAGUUCGUCGAAGUAUCGAACUCGCCUCAAGCAGCUCCUUCACUGGUGUGGCGGUGAGGAUUUUGACGGCGUAAUAGUUUUUGAUGAAUGCCACAAAGCGAAGAAUCUUUACCCGGCCGGAUCAUCUAAACCGACAAAGACGGGACAAACCGUUCUUGAACUACAAAAUCGUCUGCCGAAGGCUCGAGUCGUUUACGCAUCUGCGACAGGAGCGUCAGAGCCUCGAAAUAUGGCUUACAUGACGCGACUAGGCAUAUGGGGUGAAGGCACGCAAUUUUCCGAGUUCAACGACUUCCUUAACGCGGUAGAGAAGCGUGGAGUAGGAACCAUGGAACUCGUGGCAAUGGAUAUGAAACUCCGUGGAAUGUACAUAGCUAGGCAGCUUUCUUUUGCAGGGGUGACCUUUCGAAUAGAGGAAGUGGCACUAGGAGAUCGUUUCAUAUCCACCUAUAACAAGGCGGUUCGGCUUUGGAUCGAGGCGCGGCGGAUGUUUGCGGAAGCUGCCCAACUCAUGGAUGCUGAUGCCAGGGUAAAGAAGACCAUGUGGGGCCAAUUCUGGGGCGCCCAUCAAAGAUUUUUCAAAUACCUUUGCAUAGCGGCUAAGGUACCAUACGUUGUGAAAGUGGCUCGUGAUGCUAUUCGAGAUGGCAAAUGUGUUGUUAUUGGUCUACAAUCGACGGGCGAGUCACGUACGCUAGAGCAACUAGAAGAGCAGGGCGGAGAGUUAACCGAUUUCGUUUCGACCGCACGAGGUGUUUUCCAAAGCCUCGUCGAGAAGCAUUUUCCGGCUCCCAACAGGAAAAAGACGCUCGCCUUGUUGGGGCUUGGGGGUUCGUUUCUUGACGAGAGUGAAUUCAUGCCAAGGUCAAGUCGUCUUUCGGAUAAGGAUGAGUCCGACGCGGCGAACAAGAAGCAAAGCUCGAGUGGUGGUUCGAGUGACGAAGAGGACUCAAGCUCGGACGUGAGUUCGGACGAUGAAGCGUCCGUAUCCGCUUCUGAUGAUGACCUUAGCGGUGAUGACUUCAAUCCGUUUGGAGCGGACAACAGUGACGGAGAGGACGAUGAUCCCUGGGCUAGCAGAGGCUCAAGUCGAAAGCGGAAGAAAGCGGUUAAUUCAGAGGAGAGGAAGCCCAAGAAAGCUAAAAAGGAAAAGAAAGAAAAAGGAAAAGAGCCCAAAGAAGAGAAAGAGAAACGACGCCGGGACCGAUCACCGUCACCUUUUUCUGAAAUGACCCAGUCGAUCAUAUUCAGCAAGGACGCUGGCGACAAAGCGGCAGCCAUGAAACAGCAGCUGUUGGCUAUGCUCGAUUCGAUUGGUGACGUCCUACCCAUUAACACGCUGGACCAACUGAUUGACGAGCUUGGCGGGCCAAGUGAGGUAGCUGAAAUGACUGGCCGCAAGGGACGCGUAGUCAGCGAUGAUAAUGGCGGUGUAUCGUACGAGUCUCGGACUGAAAGUGAUGUCCCACUGGAGAUACUCAACGUAACGGAGAAGCAGCGCUUCAUGAGCGGUGAAAAGAAUAUUGCUAUCAUUUCCGAAGCGGCUUCAUCAGGUAUCUCGCUACAGGCCGAUAGACGUGCAGAAAAUAGGAAACGACGUUUACACAUCACGCUCGAACUGCCGUGGAGUGCUGAUCGUGCCGUGCAGCAGUUUGGUCGAACUCACAGGUCGAACCAAGUGUCUGCCCCGGAAUACCUAUUCUUGAUUAGCGAUCUUGCAGGUGAGCGUCGUUUCGCCUCAAUCGUAGCUAAGCGAAUUGAAAGUAUGGGUGCACUAACGCACGGCGAUCGCCGUGCUGGUGAAUCUCGAGAUCUGUCGAUGUUUAACAUUGAUAAUAAUUUCGGCCGCAUCGCGCUUGAACACACAAUGAAGGCGAUAAUGGGUCACGAGAAGCCGAUGGUAAAACCGCCUGAAGAUUACGACGGGGAUUUCUUUGAAGACUGUAAAGAAGGACUUCUUGGAGUUGGUCUGGUGGUAAAAGAUGACGGGCCAUCAUCGAUCGCUGUUCUGGAUAAAGAUUAUAACAACAUCUCAAAAUUUCUCAAUCGCCUACUCGGCCUCAAAGUUGACUUGCAAAACGCUUUGUUCAAGUACUUUAUGGACACGAUGGAUGCUGUUGUGUCAAGCGCAAAAAGAGAGGGAAAAUUCGAUCUGGGCAUUCUUGACCUCGGCGCAAAUGCUGACAACGUGAAGUUAGAGAGGACUGAAGAAUUCGUUCGGUCUUCACCAACUGGCCCUACGAUGACCGAACUUCACACAGUCAGUGUCGAGCGAGGUAUGAGCUGGGAGGAGGCUAUCGAUAAGUAUCGGGAGCUCUACGAAAACGAUGAGGGUUUUUACCUGUCAAAUCAGAUUCGAAACGGCCAUAAGACGGUUAUUCUUGCCGUAUAUGCGGGCAAAAGCAAUAAAAACAGUAAAAAUAAAGCACGGGAAAAGCUCUUCCGUACAUAUCGUCCUAACACCGGUCUGCAGGUAAAACAGGACACUCUGGCAAACAUCAAAGCCAAGUACAAGUUUGUCUCGCCUGACGACGCCCAGGACUCAUGGGAGAAUCAGUAUUCGAGCUCGGAACACACCUGUUCACACAUCUACUGGACUGGUGCAUGUCGUAAAGCCAAUCUCGGCAUACCGUGCGACGCCGGUCUGCGCUCACGAACCUAUCAUGUACUAGCAGGUUCAGUGUUCACUGUGUGGUCCAAGGUCGAAUCAGCACUUUCCGCCAACAACAUGGUGUCGUUCAAGCUGCAGGUCGUCCGGUUGAAAACGGAAAGCGGGCUGCGAAUUGUCGGCACAAUGGUGCCUCCAACGUGUGUGCAAAGCCUUCGAACGGUCCUCACUGAGGACGCACAGAAAACCAGUGUGAAACAGUUAAAGAAGGUGCCGAAAACAGAGAAAGCAGAUGAUGAUGAUGAUUAAAUGUAAACUGCGUAACGGUAGACCGGCAAGUGUCGAGUGUUGCGCAUCUGCCUCGCUCAUGCAAGAAGUGCACGGGAAUUCAAAUCGCGUAACUACAGACGCGCUUAAUUUCCGUGCGGUUAUUAUUAGAGUGUGAGAAUCAAUCGUUAAUAGGUUUUCAAAAAAAGUUUCGGCUUCCUGUAUCAUGGAGGGCUUAGCGAACAUGUCGUUAUUAAAGACAAACGAAAAAGAUAAGAGCGUCGUUAUGGUACACAGUGUAAAUUCAUGGAUUAAGACAUGCACACCGGAGAAGAUCCACUUCAAAGUGUAAAAACAUGUUUCGGUACCUUAUAGUGAGUGUUAUCACUAGAAUCGAAUUACGCAAGCACGUAAGACGACAAUAAUGCAAUGACGAUGAUGAUGCUAUUCCGCUUUCGCGAUUGGAGAGCCGUCAUUCUAUGUCUGUACUAUUAUUAUUUCAACUCUUAAAAAAAUCUGCAAUUAUUAUGUAAUACAUUAAUUGCUUAUAUUGUUGUUAUUAUCUUAUUAACAUCAUCACAGCGAAUAUUCAUCUUUUCAUAAAUAUACAUAUGUACUCAUCUUACAUUUUCGCAAUUCAGUAGAUCGAUCCUCAUUUAUUUACUAGUUUCAUUUACUUCCACUCAGGAAACAGCAAAAAAAAACCAGCAGCAGCAACAGCGGCUGUGACAAUUUCAUUAUAAUAGUGAGACAGCCCGGGCCAGUAGAGGUCUGCCCGCUUCAUUGUAAAUAUUUCUGCCAAAGUUUAAAACAAACCCAGGGAAGUAUCUCGAAUCGAGGAUGAUAAAAAACGAGCCCACCUUUUGAACCAUAUGUAACUGUUGACAGUAUCAUCUGAUGAGAUGUAGUACCAACGAAUAAACGUGCGAACGGCAUUGCACUACCACAAGUGGAGGCUAUAUUAUAAUCUUUUUACGAGUACUACUAGCUAACGUAUAAUUAUGCUUAUAAAAUAAGCAUUAUAGUAAUGACGAAAUGAAAAAGUAUAAAACUGGGAAAAAUCAAUAAGACAACAAAAAUAACGGAAAGUAAAACUAUCGAUGUUCAUUGGGUAUAUGAAUAUAUAGAAUAUUUUUUCCGGACACAAUAUUCGAGAAAAUUCUACCGGUUCGAAAGGGAUAAAUCUGUGUGAAUAUCGUUUUUGUAUCUAGAGUACCACGCUUUGGUUAAUACUACCGCUACGACUACUAAAAAGAAUAACAAUAAUAUUAGGGAAUAAAAAAUAACUUUGUUGAAUCUGAGUCACGGAAAUACGCGCGUAAGCGUAUCGUAUGUACUAUAUAUGAAAACGAUUAAUGAGUUUGCCUGACUUGAGCGUUUGAAUGUAUGUGAACACAGCGAAGCAUGAAAAAUAACAUUGUGAGACCUUGUCGGUUGUCGAGACCUGGUGCUCGCGUAAAGAACGCAAGUGAGAUUGAGCGUGCUGGCAGGAAGCAGGUUGAAGGAAGAAAUAA